AAAGUUAGGGCAUUAGACAAGUAAAGGUUUGGGAAAAGUGUGAAAUGAAGGCAUCAGAAACUCCGAUGAAACACCAGGACGCUGAAAUACUACAUGUAAAGAGAGAAGGAGGAGCUCAGAAACCCUUGUUCAGACCAGCCAAAGACGACACCAAACCACUUCUCCAAGACCCUAUAUUGAGAUCCGACCCGAUCGAGACAGAGGAAGCUGUACUGCGGUUGCCUCCUUGCAUUAUAUCGAGACCCCGACGAGUAAUAGGUGAUUCGAAAAUUUUCAAUUGAAUUCCAGUAAUUAUUUUGUGGGUUGGGAUUAUUAGAAAGAUGCUAUUUAUUAUGUAUUAACAACACUCAUCUGAAUUUUGGUGCAUUGUUUGGCGAAAUGAGAAAAUAGCCAUGUGUUUGUUUGUCACUCGGCAACUCAUUUUCCAAUGAAAAUAAGUGAGUGCAUUUGUUUUGAAUCCUUUAUGAUUGGAUAGUCUGAA